UUUUGUGGCUUAAAACAAUGUUUAUUUAUAAAUCACGAAACUUAGGCGGUUACGAAAUAAUUAUAGCACAAUAAUUACAAUCAGUCUCAAAAGGAAAAUACAUAUUUACAAUUAAUGAAGAAACUUCACUUAAGAUUCUGCCGGUUUGGUUUCGAUGCUUGGUGAUCCCAGUUGCUUUUUCACAGGUCCUGUGUGAGUGAUGGGCACGAUUUUCUCACCGGUAGAAGGCAUAGCCAGGACUUUGGGUGCGGUGACUGUUAGAACGCCAUCAGAAGAUAGCUUCGACUCCACAGUAUCUGGUAAACAUCCUUGCGGUAGCGAGUACCUCCUUACAAACUGGCGAGCAACGUAGCCGUGUUCGUCUAGCUUCUCUUCGUGCUUCCCGCUCACUACCACAUGUCCGUUAAGAACUUUCACGUCUAUUUCCUCGGGAGCGAAAUGCUGGACGUCCACGUUUACUUGGAAUUUCUCUUCAUCAGCUGUGAUGUUCGAGCCGAUGUCCUGCAAAGCCAGCUGGUUCAUCGCUGAAGACAACUGCUCCAUAGGCCUCAUCACGUUUUCCCAUGUUCGAAACGCGGCGUUCCAUGGCCUGAAAAGCUGUUCUGGAUUGAAAAAGUCGCGCUGUGCCACCUGGUAUGGCGAAUAUCUGAAGAAGUCAUCCGGUCUGAAGAAUUCUCGCUCCAUCAUCCGGAGCGGCCUCUCGAGAUCGUAUAGAUACGGAAUCAUCGACAUCUCGCUUGAAUAUUUAUACGGGUGGGUGACUUGACCACUGCAGUGCGUGACCGACGGACGUACCUACGUACGAUACGAACAUAGAUACAGUAGUACAGUACUCUUAAGUGAUAACGAUGGACAGACCCUGGACCGUCGCUCUCAUAUUUACAUUGCUAUGGAUGCAAGUUAACUGCACUACAGGAACCACGUCGAAACUUUGCUUCCCAAGUAGUUUUAUGUUUGGCGUCGCAACUGCAUCAUAUCAAAUCGAAGGGGCGUGGAAUGUAUCUGGUAAAGGCGAGAACAUAUGGGACAGGUACACGCAUACCCGGCCGGAACGCAUCUUCGACCACGGCACGGGAGACGUGGCCGCUGACUCCUACCACCAGUUCCGGCAGGAUGUGAGGCUGCUGAAGGAGCUGGGCGUGCGCUUCUACCGGUUCUCUAUGUCCUGGUCCCGCAUACUGCCUACAGGACUCACCAAUGAAGUGAAUCCUGACGGCAUCAGAUACUACAAGGAGCUGAUCGAGGAGCUCCACAAGAACGGUAUCGAGCCACUGGUGACCAUGUACCACUGGGACCUGCCGCAGCCGCUGCAAGACCUGGGCGGCUGGACCAACCCCGUCAUCGCCGACUAUUUCGUGGACUAUGCGAAGGUUCUUCUGGACAACUUCGGUGACCGCGUGAAAUUCUGGUUGACCUUCAACGAGCCGUUAAGCUUCUGCCACGACGGGUACGGCGGCAGCGACGCCCCCGGUGACCGCGCCACCGGCAUGGAGGACUACCUGUGCGGACACACGGUGCUGCGCGCGCACGCCGCCGUCUACCGCAUGUUCCAGCGCGACUACAAUCACCGCAUCACCGAUCUCAUGGGCAUCACGCUGGACAUGGCUUGGAUCGAGCCUGCGUCUACCUCUGCAGAGGACAAGGAGGCUGCUGAGAUCACACGACAAUUCUUUUUCGGCUGGUUCGCGCAUCCGAUCUUCUCCAAACAAGGCGACUACCCACCCGUCAUGCGCAAACGCAUCGACGAAAUGUCCAAACGGCAGAAUUUCACGCGCUCCCGCCUGCCUCACUUCACUAAGGAAGAAGUGGAGAUGCUCCGGGGCGCCUGCGACUUCCUGGGCCUCAACCAUUAUACCACAUACUUGGCUAAGAGAGUUCAACGACCGCUCAGUCCGAUCCCGUCGUUCGACGAUGACAUGGGCGUACAGCUGUCGCAGAAGGCGGAUUGGCCUAAAUCUAACUCUACGUGGUUAAAGGUGGUCCCUUGGGGUCUUAGGAAGACACUCAACUGGAUCAAGGGCACGUAUGGUAAUCCUCCAGUGUUCAUCACCGAAAACGGGAUAUCACUGGAGCCGGGCCUGCGCGACCCGCGACGGAUCAACUAUAUCGAUGGAUACUUGAGAGCUCUCCACGCGGCUCUGACUAAAGACAAGUGCAACGUGUACGGAUACACGUACUGGAGUCUUAUAGACAACUUCGAAUGGACCAGGGGUUAUUCUGAGCGAUUUGGCUUGUACGAAGUGGACUAUUCUUCUAAACAACGCGUCCGUACCGCUCGCCAGUCCGCCGAAUACUACUCAAGUGUCGCCACGACAAAGUGUCUGCCAGACAAGGUGUCAGGGUACAAACUGUAGUUAUAGCACACUAGUCAUACAUACCAUUAUACAUAUCUCAUUUUACACAAACAUUAUUAUA